UGAUUGGCCGGCGCAUUCCCGCUCUGCUUCCCGAACCGCCAUUUUGAAAAUCUUGUUGAUUCUGAGGAGCCGAGGGAGCUUGCGGCGGCGCGAGAACCUCGGCCCGCGCGCCUUCUCACUCGGCGGCGACCUCCUCGUGCGCACCCGCGGUUCCCAGCAGCAUGUCGGCGGCGGCGGCCCCCGCUGCGGAGGCAGACGACGGCCCAGCGCAGCCCGCGUCCGAGAAGGAGCCCGAAAUGCCGGGCCCCAGGGACGAGAGUGAAGAGGAGGAGGAGGAGGAAGAGGAUGACGAGGAGGAAGAGAAAGAAAAGAGUCUCAUUGUGGAAGGCAAGAGAGAAAAGAAGAAAGUAGAAAGAUUGACAAUGCAAGUGUCUUCCUUACAAAGAGAGCCAUUUACAAUUGCACAAGGGAAGGGUCAGAAACUUUGUGAAAUUGAAAGGAUACAUUUCUUUCUGAGUAAGAAAAAAACAGAUGAACUUAGAAAUCUACACAAACUGCUUUACAACAGACCAGGCACAGUGUCCUCAUUAAAGAAGAAUGUGGGUCAGUUUAGUGGCUUUCCAUUUGAAAAAGGCAGUACCCAGUAUAAAAAGAAGGAAGAAAUGCUGAAAAAGUUUAGAAACGCCAUGCUAAAGAGCAUCUGUGAGGUUCUUGAUUUAGAGAGAUCAGGCGUGAACAGCAAACUAGUGAAGAGGAUCUUGAAUUUCUUAAUGCAUCCAAAGCCUUCUGGCAAACCAUUGCCAAAAUCCAAAAAAUCUUCAAGCAAAGGUAGUAAAAAGGAACGGAACAGUUCUGGAACAACAAGGAAGUCAAAGCAAACCAAAUGUCCUGAAAUCCUGUCAGAUGAAUCCAGUAGUGACGAAGAUGAGAAGAAAAAUAAGGAAGAGUCUUCAGAAGAUGACGAGAAAGAAAGUGAAGAGGAGCAACCACCAAAAAAGACAGCUAAAAAAGAAAAAGCAAAACAAAAAGCUGCUGCUAAAAGUAACAAGUCUGUAAAAAGUGCUAAUGUUAAGAAGGCAGAUAGCAGCACUACCAAGAAGAAUCAAAACAGUUCCAAAAAAGAAUCUGAAUCUGAAGAUAGUUCUGAUGAUGAGCCAUUAAUUAAAAAAUUGAAAAAACCACCUACAGAUGAAGAAUUAAAGGAAACAGUGAAGAAAUUACUGGCUGAUGCUAACUUGGAAGAAGUCACAAUGAAGCAGAUUUGCAAAGAGGUAUAUGAAAACUAUCCUGCUUACGAUUUAACUGAGAGGAAAGAUUUCAUUAAAACAACUGUAAAAGAGCUAAUCUCUUAAACCAGAGGACAGAUGGCUUGCUCUCAGAUUUGGAGAUAUGAUUUAUACCAGCAAAGAGAAUGUAUUUUCUUUUUUAAGUCUAUUGUUGGUAGAACUCGCUGCUGACCCCUUGAGUGUUAAAUAUAUUUGAGCUUGCUGUUUUAAAUUGCAUUUCCUUGGAGUUUUCAGUUUAAGUCUUGCAUGGCAGUAAUUGUUUCUUGCUUUUAUAGUUGUACAUUUUGGAUUUCUUUAUUGUAAGGUCAUAGAUUUCUGAACUGUUGUGGAUUUUAGUGCACUUAAUGUUAGCUUAAGACACUUUUAAUCAAAGCAAAAACUAUUAUAACCAGCAUUUAUACGUGCAGAGACUAUUGCAGUAUUUAGUAUAUGAGAUAUUUUGAAUACACCUUCUGUCAGUGUGAACAUAGUGGCAGUUUGUUCAUCAUAUUAGAACACAGCUGUUCAGAUACCGAGUUGGAACUUUUUCUGCAUGCAUAUAUAAUGUCAAGUUGUCAGCAUGACAGAAGUGACAGAUGUUAUUUUUGUAUUUUUAAAAACCAAUUCGUUGUAUAUAAUUUUUUAAAUUUCUUUUGUGCAGAUCAAUUUUUAAACUCAUGUAGGUAGGUGUCUUUACACUUGUAACUAAAGAAUGUCAGUGUUCAUCUAGGCAGCAUGACAGAGCAGUCAGUUCAGUGGUGGCAGCACUGAAGGAAACUGUCCAGUUCUGCUUUGCUCUGAAAGUGUCAUUAACUUGUAGUAUGUUAAGUGUCAUAGAAAUUUUAUAUUGAGGAUAAACCAAAAUCAACACAUCAGAGUUUCAAAAAACUGGGAAAGGGUGAGCACACUUGGUUUAUAUAUAAGUGAAUUGAUGGUAACUAAACUUCUUUGACCAUUAUAAUAAUUUGAUUAAAGUAUCAGAUGUAAUGCCAGAAGAUGGUAUAUUAGCAGUGUAGGGUAACUCUUAUUAAAGUAUCAGAUUGUAAUGCUGGCAAUGUAGGUAUCUUUGAAGGUAUUUCUCAAAAACCCUACAGUAAAUUUCGUUGAAGUAUUAUAGAAAUGAAGGCUGUUUGCUUUUUAAAUUUUGGUCAAUCAAGUAAAUAUGGUCUGCCCCUGAAUUUAAAUUUUGUCUUUUGACUGUCCUAAUAACCUAUUUGUGAAUUAUAAAAAUAAGCUGCUUUGACAAGUGACAAUUGAUGUACCAACUGAGUGUUUAAUUUCUGCAUCAUAAAUCAGAUAUUAAUGUUGAGCAUUAACAGGUAUUUUCACACAUUUGACUUUAGUAGGCAUAGAGUGGAAUGGAACAAGUAACUAAAUGAGGACUAAAAAUUGGCCUUUACUUUUAAAUAAUUUGUUAUAAAUCUUGGCAAUAAAGAAUAAAUUGAUGUUUUAAAUGUCUUGUA